AUGGAUCCUUCCAUCUUUUCCUGCAAUGCCAGCAGCUAUGAUCGCCCAACCUUCUUGCUGACAGGCUUUCCAGGCCUAGAGGCCUCUCACCACUGGGUGUCCAUCCCUAUCAACCUGAUCUGCAUAAUAUCUAUCCUGGGUAACAGCACCAUCCUCUUCCUGAUCCGCACAGACCCCAGCCUCCAUGAGCCCAUGUUCAUCUUUCUUUCCGUAUUGGCAGCCUCUGACCUAGGUCUCUGUGCCUCUACCUUCCCCACCAUGGUACAGCUCUUCUGGCUGGGUUCCCGUGAGCUUCCCUUUGACUUAUGUGCAACCCAGAUGUUCUUCAUCCAUGCCUUCACCUAUGUGGAGUCAGGUGUGCUCCUGGCUAUGGCCUUUGACCGCUUUGUCGCCAUCAGAGAUCCAUUGCACUAUGCUUCAGUCCUCACCCACUCAACUAUGGCCAAAGUAGGGGCUGGGAUUCUUGUGAGGGCAGUUAUUCUCAACAUCCCAGGUCCUAUCCUGCUCAGGAGGCUGGCUUUCCCUUCAGUCAGUAUCCUCUCUCAUUGCUAUUGCCUACACUGUGACCUAGUUGGACUAGCCUGUUCUGACACUAAGAUCAACAGCUUCUUUGGCCUGGUCUCCAUACUCCUCUCCUUGGGUAUUGAUUCCACUUUCAUUGUAGUUUCCUAUGUGCUAAUCCUCCGCACGGUGCUGGGCAUUGCAUCUCCUGAGGAGAGAUUCAAGGCACUUAACACAUGUGUCUCACACCUCUGCAUUGUGCUUAUUUUCUACAUGCCCAAGUUGGGAUUAUCUAUACUACAUCGUGUUGAGAAACACACGUACCCUGCUCUGGCUGUGCUCAUGGCUAACCUACAUUUCUUGGUCCCACCCUUCAUGAAUCCCAUUAUCUAUUGCAUCAAGUCCAAGCAGAUCCGAGAAGGUCUCUUGCGACGCUUCUGGCAUAAGAGAAUUGAGACCUCCUAA